AUGGCCUGGGUUGUGUCGGACCUGCCGAAUGCCGUGCCACGCAACGUCGGUCGCAGUCUGAAGAAGGAGCUGUGCAGUGGUGUUGGCGUUGUCCAGCUUCCCGGCAACAGCCCAGCCCUUUUGCGUAAUUCUUCGAAUGUAUUUGCUACGAUGCAUAGCAUGCGCACGAUGCGCGAGGUCCGCAAAGUCUUGCGCCUCGCUAGCUGGGACAUUCAAGAAAAGUUCCGCGUGGCUAUUAGCCAGCGUCGUGCUGAAGUUAGUAAAGCCGAAGCGCAAGAGAAGCUUGCAGACGCCGCGAUCGAAUGGCUGACACAAACUGCUGCGCGCAGUGCAGCCAUCCAGAGUGAAGUGGCUUGCGCAUUAUAG